AAGAAGAAGCGGAAGUACCAGGGGUUUCCGGGGUUUCCAAAACAGCAGUUAUGGCGGCCACCAUUCAAAGUUUACUGGAAGAAAUAUCCGGAGUUGAAGACCCAAUUGAGGAGCUCCAGAGCUUAAAAACUGCUUUGUCGUCCAUCCCACUCAGCGCCCUGAGAGACGUCGUGAGCGGACAGCGUUUCGAUGUGAUUUUCGCUCUGCUGAACUCUAAUGAAGGGGAGCAGGUUGAUCUUUGCGUGGACAUUCUUGAACGCAUCCUAGUAGCCCUCAGCCCUUUGCAUCUGGUCCAGAACUACAGAGAAAAGCUGCAAGAGGGUUUGAGCCAUCCUAAUGACACCGUGAAGAUACUGGCCUUGACACAGAUUGGCAGGGUGGUGGAGCACCCAGAGGCUGUCACAGACAUCCUCAACAACCACGGCAUCUUACGGGCGGUGAUCCUUUGCAUUGGAGAGGAGAAGAUUGCUGUGGCCAAACAGGCGAUUCAGUCCCUUUCUAAAAUAAGUCACUCCAAACCUGGAUUAGACAAGUUAUUCCAGAGUGAUCUCCUUGAUGUCAUGAAGGACGUGAUGACCAAAAGUGACAUAAUCAGAUACAGGAUAUAUGAGCUGGUGGUUGAAAUCUCAUCUUUUUCUCCCAUUUCUCUCGGUUACUGUGCCAACAGCGGGCUCAUAUCCCAGCUGCUCAGCGAGCUGACAGGAGACGACGUCUUAAUCAGGGCCACAUCGAUUGAGAUGGUGACCACUCUGGCUCACAGUCAGCAUGGCCGCCAGUAUUUGGCUCAGCAGGGCAUAAUGGAUAAGAUCUCCAACAUGAUCAGAGGAGCAGAGACGGACCCGUUUUCCUCCCUCUACCUUCCUGGUUUGGUGAAGUUCUUUGGGAACCUGGCCAUUAUGGACAGCCCCCAGCAGGUCUGCGAAUCCUACCCGGUCUUCCUAAACAAGGUGUUCGACAUGGCCCUGGAUCCGGACCCUGUCAUGAUCGGAGUGGCCCUGGACACUUUGGGAUUACUCGGUUCUACAGUAGAGGGGAAGCAGGUUCUGCAGAAGACCGGAGAAAACUUCAAGGCGGUGUUUUCGAGGAUAAGCCAACUGGCUAAUUCUGGACCCACUGAGCUCAGAGUUCGAAGCUUGGAUGCCUUAUCACAGCUCCUCACUCUUCAGCCAGAGCAUCAAACAGAAGACCUCCUGUCCCUGACGGAGUCCUGGUUCCAGCUUCUGUCUAACCACCCCAUGGACAUGAUUUGCAACAUCAGCACACAGCCUUUUCCAGAGCUGCACUGCGGGGCUUUGAGGAUCUUCACUGCCAUUGCCAGCCAGCCCUGGGGUCAGAAGAUGAUGAUUAGCACUCCUAGUUUCAUGGAGUUCAUUUUGGAUCGCUCCACCGGCCAAACAAAGGAGGCCAAAGAUGCCAAAUUUGAACUGGUGGGAUCUCUCGUCGGCUCAUCUACAGCAUCAGAAAUACUGGGCAGUCAAAACUACAUCCGUCUGAAGACGUAUCUGAGAGAAGGACCCUACUAUGUAUCAGCUGUGGCCUCCGUCAGCACAGAGGGAGCAGACUAACGCACAUAACGGGCUGCAGGUUUAUUGCUUAGGUGUUUGGUAAAUUCAGUCGAGAUUAACAUAACAGCAAAUGAGUUUUUUACUUUACAAAAAUACUUGUUUUUUUCAGUUUAAAUGUUCCAUGAAUCCCCGACAAAUUACACAUUACAAAUUAAAAGCUAUUACGCUAAUAGCUGUUCAGAUACAUUUAGGUAAUUAUUAGGCACUGCGGUCUGGUGUAAAAGUACUUAGAGGUCUUUAUAAAUCUGGGAUUUUAAUAGCAGAGAAGCAAAAAUAACCCUGAAGUAAUGACUGGCUUUCAUGUUCUUACCAAGUAGUUGAGCAAUAAGUCGUGUAAAAUGUCAGAUAUUACACAAGUUUUUCAUGAAGACACACUGUUCACUUUUUCUCCACUCUAAGCGGUGAACUCAUCCGAGCGACACUGGUUUACAAAAUUAUAAUUUUUUUCUCUUUUUUUUUUUUUUU